AUGGAAGAAGUGUCGUUGUCCUCACCGCCAGCCGUGAUUGCCUUACGAGAAUCAUUUGGCGACCAAGAAGAUGUUACAUGGAAAGGUGCGGUUGUAAAAAAGAUCAAAAGACUCGAAGAUACAAUUGCAAAGAUUGCGGCCAAGGUCGACUUAUCCGACCUUGAUUUUCAACCGCGGCCGGAGGAGCCAGAAUCAAUGAGCCCGCCCGCUGUUGAGAUGGCCAAUGCAGAGCAACCAGCUAGCCCAGAACCGCAAUCAAGGGAAGAAAAGGAACCGACACAGACUUGGGAGGUAAUCAUGGAUCCUCACGGGGGUCCAGCAUCAAUACCAGCAUCCUGCCUAUCGGAGAAUAUCAGAGCGACAUUGCCAAAUAGCCUCCCAACUUCUCGGAGGCCGGAUUUGAUAUCAACAGGAAUCAUCACACUACGACAAGCAUUAGCCUUAUUUGAUACAUACCAUCUACGAUUGGAUCAUUUCUUGUAUCGCAUAUUGGGUGAUCAUAUCAGUUUGGAUUCGGUGCGAAUCGCAUCACCAUUAUUGACGGCAGCGGUCUGCACAGUGGGGGCUCUCCACUCGCCGUCCUUGGGUCACUUGUUUGAUACCUGUUAUGCAGAGUACAAAGACCUUGUGACCUCGCAAGUAUUCUCGAAAAAUGCAAACCCAGACGAUAUUCGGGGGCUUUGCAUUGGUGCGUUCUGGCUGCAUGAGCUUUCAUGGGCCUUGAUAGGAAACGCGGUUCGAGUUGCAUCCGAUAUAAAUCUUCAUAGUGGAAUCUACAAGGCUCUCAAAGGUGAUCGAGAAGGCUACGUCCAGGCUCGAAUAUACUACCUUGUCUACGUGUGCGAUCAUCACUUUUCCGUGGCGUACGGUCGGCCUCCAAUGUCUCGCGAGGGUUUUAUCAUCGAUUCCGCCAGUCGGCUGCUGGAUACUGAGCAUGCAACUGAGGAUGAUGCAAGAUUGAUCAGUCAAGUAAAAGAGUGGUCUAUUCUGGGCAAAGUAUUUGACACGUUUGGCGUCGAUGUGGAUACGGCGAUUGCCCCUGAAACGAUCCCCCAGCUACGCCGAUACUCGAUUGCAUUGGAUACCUGGUUUGCCGACUGGCAUGAGAGCUUCAGCGAGAACAGAAGAGUUGGAAACUAUCCUCAAAAGGGCGUGGGUUUCCACUUUCACUUUGCCAAACUUUACCUUUGUUCUCACACAUUCCGAGGCGUUCCCGCUGGUGAGAAUGCCACCCAAUGUUUCUCGCCCGAGUUGGAAGAAAUCGCCAAUGCCGGUGUUCUAUCCGCCAUGUCGAUUCUUCGAGUCAUCGUAUCUGACGCAGAAUUCCGAUCUUUCAUGAACGGUCUUCCUCUAUACUUCGACACAAUGCUCGCGUUCGCCGUCAUUUUCCUGCUCAAAGUGGCCACCAAAUACGCGGCCGUCAUCAGGAUUGAUACAUCCAAGAUUCUGUCACUCGUUUCCCAAACGGUGGUCGCUCUGAAGGCAACCACUCAAUCCAUGCAUCGACAACAUCUACUAGUCGUUAUAGCUGAGGGGCUUGAAAGGCUCCUCGUGAGAUGUCAAGUUCCAGUGCAGACAACACAAGAAUCAAUUUACCAUGCAUCGCCGGCAUUGGAGCAUCAUGCAACUUUCGAAACGGGAUGGAUGGAAAAUAUGGCGAGCUUCGAUUUUCAGACAAAUUUCCCUGACAUGGAUGACUGGUGGCUUCAUUAUAACAACUCAAUGGGUCCGGGUCGUGCCAUAGGACCAAUCUAG